UUCACAUUCAGAAUUUUGAAUUGCGAAUAGCUUUUGACAUCAUUUUUCACCAACUCUCACGGUUAUAGAAUUUAACCUCUUAUCUCACCUACGCGUUAAGGUUCUGCACAGAAUGCCAUUGAAAUAAAUUUGCGAAUGUCGAAUAUGUAAUGAAUUGAGAAAUACCUCAGUUAAAAAGUUAUAAGUAAGCGAAGUUGUGGGAGAGGGGAGUGCAUGGGGAGAUGGCCAAGGUCAUAUGCAACGAUACAGAGAUUUAUGGCAGGUAUCGAGGUCUAACAUUGCGAAGUAAGCGUGUUUGCCGUCACAAGAGCUCCUCGCUGAAUAUUUAGGAGGCCGGGUUACACCUCGUGAGAUAGUAAGACUCUUUAAUCACACCGAGUCUUUGGUCUCUGUACGUUUUACCUGUCUGGAUGCCCACAACAGAGGUCUCUGACAUUUGCAUUACCUAAUAUAACGUUUAAAAAGUGAGUGAAUUUACAUUCGUUAAUUGACUGAUUCGUCGGGACAACUGCAAGAAUGUUAGUCGGUUGGAAAAUUUGCUGCGGAAAGUUACAGCAGCGAUGGAUAUUAGCGUUUAUGGGAUGUUUGGCUGCCAUGAAUGCCUUUAUGAUGAGAAGCUGCUUGUCGGUUGCUAUCACCGAGAUGGUUGCCAAGUCAGAUUCAUCGAACGAUACAAUCUCAGACGAUACUUGUCCAGCAUUCGAAUCAACCUCGUCCAACUCAACUACCGGUGGCACUUACGAAUGGAGCGAAUAUACACAGGGACUCAUUCUGUCCAGCUUUUUCUGGGGCUACAUGGUAGCUCAAAUACCAGGUGGAAUAACAGUGGCUAAAUUUGGAGGCAAGUACCCUCUCGGUAUUGGCCUUCUCUUGGCUGGAGUGUUGACCCUGUUGACGCCGACGGUUGUUGAAGCAUACGGCGCAAAGGGUUUGAUAGUCCUCCGUAUCCUUAUGGGACUGAGUGGCGGAGCCAUCUACCCUUCGUUCAGUUUUCUUACAGGUCAUUGGGCACCGCCGAACGAGCGAUCAAAGAUUGGCAACUUGAUAAUGUCUGGAGCGAUGCUGGGUACAAUAGUGGCAAACGCGCUGUCUGGAGUGCUGAUAGAAAACUCCUCGAUAGGUUGGCCGAUCGUGUUCUACUUUUUCGGAAGCUUCUCUGUGCUGUGGUUCUGUGCCUGGACUCUCCUCUGUUACAGCCGGCCCGAGAUGCAUCCGUUCAUAACCGAUGAAGAGAAAAAAUACCUCGAGGAAACCAUAAACGAGGUGAACACUGGAAAGCGCGGAAGGAAACAGCCAAUUCCAUGGCGAUGUAUACUCUCCUCUCCACCCUUCUGGGCAUUGAUAGCGGCAAGCCUGAGUCACGACUGGGGCUCCUAUGUAAUGAUAACGAACCUGCCAAAGUACAUGAGCAGCGUUCUGAAGUUCUCGGUUCAGUCUAACGGGCUGCUUUCAGCGUUGCCCUUCAUGGCCAAGUGGGUAGUGAGCAACGCCUCGUCCUGGCUUGCGGAUUGGCUUAUAACGGGGAAAAAGAUAUCGAGAAGGAACGCGCGCAAAGCCUUCACCAGCAUAGGUGGACUCGGAACAGCGUUCUUCCUGAUCGCCGCUUCAUACGCCGGAUGCAAUCGGACGGUGGUCGUGGUUCUCUUCAUAUUUGGAAUGGGAGUGAUGGGCAACUUGUUUCCCGGGGUGAUGGUGAACAACGUUGACCUGAGCCCGAACCACGCGGAAACCCUGAUGGGCAUUACGAACACGAUAACGUCCCUUGCCAGUAUCGCCGCUCCCUACGCAGUCGGCGUUUUAACUCCAAAUCAGUUUCUCUCAGAGUGGAGAAUCGUCUUCUGGAUUACAUUCGCGUUGUUCUUUACCACAACUACGAUCUUUGACAUCUGGGGUGACGGUGAGGUCCAGCCCUGGAAUGACUUGGAAUCCAUUGAUCGGGAGCAGAAAGAGGUUGGAAGUGAAAAACGCAAAUAUGAAGAGAGAAUGUCAUGAAGUGAAUAGCUUAGGCAAGUUUCACGAUUUUCUAGGCUCGUGAUCCUCUCUUAAUUAAAUUGUUUUUCAUUUAUAUCUUCGUGUAUACCUAUGUAUCGAGAAAUGUGAUGAGAAUGUUUUUGUUUUCCCAUCACGGUCCAAUAGAUCGCUUUUGUAAAACAAUUACAAUUUCAAGAAACAAAAAUCUCCAUGCUUAUUUUAUGGGAUAUGCGACUUAAAAUGGAAGUAAUCAUAUAGCAGGUGAUCUGUUGGUUAGUAUGUAAAGCAUGAAAACAAUGUCAAAUAGGUUCUCACAAAUUAAAAUGAC